AUGUUUUUUGAACGCUUCACGCCAGGAGUUUCUAGUGGUCGAGUGGUAGCUGGUAGAGGCAAAGCUGGUAGUCACAGUGAUUUGCUGAAUUUUGUAACUAGCAUUGUCGUUGAUAAGAAUGGAACCAUGUUUAUUUGUGAUCGUGGUAACAGACGAGUUCAGCGGUGGUUUAACAACGAUCACCAUAGGCAAACAAUCAUUGCAAAUAUUUCAUGCUGGGGACUAGCGAUGGACCGCAACGAAUUCUUGUACGUCUCUCAUUAUGAUAAAGGUCUUGUAACAAAAUGGCCCGGUACUGAGAUAGUCGCUGGUGGAAAUGGAUAUGGAUCUGCUUUCAAUCAAUUCUUAGGUCUUCAUCAGUCAUAUAUCGAUCGAGAUCAAUCAGUUUUCGUAGCAGACUUUCACAAUUACCGUGUGAUGAAAUACGCCGUUGGUUCAAAAGAAGGAACUAUCAUGGCUGGUGGUGAUGGAAAAGGAGAUAAUGUCGAUCAAUUGAGUGAAGUGAAAUAUUUAGAAAUAAUGUUUCAUGCUAGGUGA